GGGGGGCGGGAGGCAGCAGGUUAGGCAGUGAGAAGUUAGUGGCGCUACUGGGACGGGGGGAAGGAGACGCUUCUUCCUUCUGCUGCUUCUCUCGCUCCCGGGAUUGGCGGCGGCGGUGGCCGCGAGUGACUCUGCAGUGUCUCCGGCUCCGCGUGCGAAGCAUGCUGACCGACGGCGGAGGCGGCGGCACCUCCUUUGAGGAGGACUUGGACUCUGUGGCUCCGCGAUCCGCCCCAGCCGGGGCCUCGGAGCCGCCUCCGCCGGGAGGGGUCGGGCUGGGGAUCCGCACCGUGAGACUCUUUGGGGAGGCUGGGCCUGCCCCGGGAGUCGGUGGCGGCGGCAGUGGUGCGGGCGUAGGGGACGCGGCGCUGGAUUUCAAGUUGGCGGCUGCUGUGCUGAGGACCGGGGGUGGAGGUGGUGCCUCUGGCAGCGACGAGGACGAAGUGUCAGAGGUUGAAUCAUUUAUUUUGGACCAAGAAGACCUGGAUAACCCAGUGCUUAAAACAACAUCAGAGAUAUUCUUAUCAAGCACUGCAGAAGGAGCAGACUUACGCACUGUGGAUCCAGAGACACAGGCACGACUAGAAGCAUUGCUAGAAGCAGCAGGAAUUGGCAAAUUGUCAACUGCUGAUGGUAAAGCUUUUGCAGAUCCUGAGGUACUCCGGAGAUUAACAUCCUCAGUAAGUUGUGCGCUGGAUGAAGCUGCUGCUGCACUGACACGAAUGAAAGCAGAAAACGGCCACAAUGCAGGACAAAUAGACACUCGCAGUCUGGCAGAAGCUUGUUCGGAUGGUGAUGUAAACGCUGUUCGUAAAUUACUAGACGAAGGCAGAAGUGUAAAUGAACAUACAGAAGAAGGAGAGAGCCUGCUGUGUUUGGCUUGUUCAGCAGGGUAUUAUGAAUUAGCACAAGUAUUGCUUGCUAUGCAUGCUGAUGUUGAAGAUCGAGGGACUAAAGGAGACAUAACUCCCCUAAUGGCAGCAUCCAGUGGAGGUUAUUUAGAUAUUGUGAAAUUAUUACUUCUUCAUGAUGCAAAUGUCAACUCCCAGUCUGCAACAGGAAACACUGCAUUGACUUAUGCCUGUGCUGGAGGAUUUGUUGACAUUGUGAAAGUGCUACUUAAUGAAGGUGCAAAUAUAGAAGAUCAUAAUGAAAAUGGACAUACCCCCUUAAUGGAAGCAGCCAGUGCAGGUCAUGUGGAAGUUGCAAGAGUUCUUCUAGAUCAUGGGGCAGGCAUCAACACUCAUUCUAAUGAAUUCAAAGAAAGUGCUCUUACACUUGCCUGCUACAAAGGCCAUUUGGAUAUGGUUCGCUUUCUACUUGAUGCUGGUGCAGAUCAAGAGCACAAAACAGAUGAGAUGCACACUGCCUUAAUGGAGGCUUGCAUGGAUGGACAUGUAGAAGUAGCACGUUUGCUUUUGGAUAGUGGUGCUCAAGUGAACAUGCCUGCAGAUUCAUUCGAGUCUCCGUUAACACUAGCUGCCUGUGGAGGACAUGUUGAAUUGGCAGCUCUACUUAUUGAAAGGGGAGCAAAUCUUGAAGAAGUUAAUGAUGAAGGAUAUACUCCCUUGAUGGAAGCUGCUCGGGAAGGACAUGAAGAGAUGGUGGCACUACUUUUAGCACAAGGAGCAAAUAUAAAUGCCCAGACAGAAGAAACCCAAGAAACAGCUUUGACUUUGGCUUGCUGUGGAGGAUUUUCUGAAGUUGCAGACUUCCUGAUUAAGGCAGGAGCUGAUAUAGAACUUGGCUGCUCCACACCUCUCAUGGAGGCUUCUCAGGAAGGACACCUGGAGUUGGUUAAAUAUUUACUGGCUGCCGGUGCUAAUGUUCAUGCUACAACAGCAACAGGAGACACAGCCUUAACCUAUGCUUGUGAAAAUGGACAUACAGAUGUUGCAGAUGUUUUACUUCAAGCAGGGGCUGAUUUAGACAAGCAGGAGGACACGAAGACUAUUUUGGAGGGCAUAGAUCCGGCCAAGCAUCAGGAACAUGAAUCUGAAGGUGGAAGAACACCUUUGAUGAAAGCUGCAAGAGCUGGCCAUUUGUGCACUGUGCAGUUUCUUAUUAGCAAAGGUGCCAAUGUGAAUAGGGCUACAGCCAAUAAUGAUCAUACAGUGGUGUCACUGGCAUGCGCAGGAGGUCACCUGGCGGUUGUUGAACUACUCUUGGCUCAUGGGGCUGACCCUACUCAUCGACUCAAGGAUGGCUCAACAAUGCUCAUCGAAGCUGCAAAAGGUGGCCAUACUAAUGUUGUUUCUUAUCUAUUGGAUUAUCCAAACAACGUUCUAUCAGUUCCUACUACAGAUGUAUCUAUACUCACUCCACCUUCUCAAGAUCAAUCUCAGGUUCCACGUGUACCAAUGCAUACACUUGCCAUGGUUGUACCUCCCCAAGAGCCUGACAGAAGUUCACAGGAGAACUCCCCUGCCCUUUUAGGAGUACAAAAAGGUACAUCCAAGCAGAAGUCCAGUUCCCUGCAGGUAGCAGAUCAGGACGUACUGCCACCUUUUCACCCAUACCAGCCUUUGGAGUGCAUAGUAGAGGAGACUGAAGGCAAGCUGAAUGAACUGGGACAAAGAAUUAGCGCUAUUGAAAAAGCACAGCUUAAGUCAUUGGAGUUAAUUCAAGGUGAACCUCUGAACAAAGAUAAGAUAGAAGAACUAAAAAAGAACAGAGAAGAGCAAGUCCAGAAGAAGAAGAAAAUACUGAAAGAGCUGCAGAAAGUGGAAAGGCAGUUGCAGAUGAAAACACAGCAACAAUUUACCAAAGAAUACUUGGAAACCAAAGGUCAGAAAGACACAGUAUCUCUACACCAGCAGUGCUCUCAUAGAGGAGUCUUCCCAGAAGGGGAAGGAGAUGGUAGUCUUCUAGAGGAUCACUUUUCAGAGUUACCUCAGGUUGACACAAUCUUAUUUAAAGAUAAUGAUGUUGAUGAUGAGCAACAGUCUCCACCAUCGGCAGAACAAAUUGAUUUUGUCCCAGUCCAGCCUUUAUCAUCUCCACAGUGUAACUUUUCCAGUGACUUAGGUUCUAAUGGGACAAAUUCUCUUGAACUUCACAAAAUAUCAGGUAAUCAUCAGAUUAUAGGACAGCCACAGAUUGCUAUUACUGGACAUGAUCAGGGGCUGUUAGUUCAAGAACCAGAUGGACUAAUGGUUGCAACUCCAGCCCAGACGCUUACCGACACUCUUGAUGACCUGAUAGCAGCUGUGAGUAGCAGAGUGCCCACUGGUUCAAACAGUUCCUCUCAGACCACAGAAUGUCUUACACCUGAACCCUGUUCACAGUCUCCAAGCAAUGUGGCUUCCCAGUCAUUGCCCCCUGUCUAUCCCUCAGUUGACAUUGAUGCACAUACUGAGAGCAAUCAUGACACAGCAUUAACAUUAGCUUGUGCAGGUGGCCAUGAAGAACUCGUAUCUGUACUCAUUGCACGAGAUGCUAAAAUCGAACACAGAGACAAAAAAGGCUUCACACCACUGAUCCUGGCGGCAACAGCAGGGCAUGUUGGAGUUGUUGAAAUCCUUUUGGAUAAAGGUGGAGAUAUAGAAGCACAGUCUGAACGAACUAAGGAUACUCCACUUUCAUUGGCAUGUUCUGGUGGACGUCAGGAGGUGGUAGAUUUGUUGCUGGCUCGAGGUGCAAAUAAAGAACAUAGGAAUGUGUCUGAUUAUACACCACUGAGUCUAGCUGCAUCUGGAGGAUAUGUCAAUAUCAUUAAGAUUCUGCUUAAUGCUGGGGCAGAAAUUAAUUCAAGGACUGGGAGUAAACUAGGUAUUUCUCCCCUGAUGUUGGCUGCAAUGAAUGGACAUGUUCCUGCAGUGAAAUUGUUGCUUGAUAUGGGUUCAGACAUUAACGCCCAAAUAGAGACCAAUCGGAACACAGCUCUCACCUUGGCCUGUUUUCAAGGUCGAGCAGAAGUAGUGAGUUUGCUUCUGGACCGAAAAGCCAAUGUUGAGCAUAGAGCAAAGACUGGUCUUACCCCCUUGAUGGAAGCUGCUUCUGGAGGGUAUGCCGAGGUUGGGAGAGUUCUCCUUGAUAAAGGAGCCGACGUCAAUGCCCCCCCUGUGCCUUCCUCAAGAGAUACUGCUUUAACAAUAGCAGCGGACAAAGGUCACUAUAAAUUUUGUGAGCUCCUCAUUAGUAGAGGAGCCCAUAUUGAUGUUCAUAAUAAGAAGGGAAACACACCACUUUGGUUGGCAUCCAAUGGUGGACAUUUUGAUGUGGUGCAGUUGCUGGUGCAAGCAGGUGCUGAUGUGGAUGCUGCAGAUAACCGGAAAAUCACACCUCUUAUGUCAGCAUUUCGGAAGGGUCAUGUAAAAGUUGUUCAAUAUUUGGUGAAAGAAGUCAAUCAGUUCCCUUCUGAUAUAGAAUGCAUGAGAUACAUAGCAACAAUUACAGAUAAGGAACUGUUGAAAAAGUGUCAUCAAUGUGUUGAGACAAUUGUGAAGGCUAAAGACCAACAGGCUGCGGAAGCAAACAAGAAUGCAAGUAUUCUUUUAAAGGAACUUGAUCUGGAAAAGUCAAGAGAGGAGAGCAGAAAGCAGGCUCUUGCAGCUAAAAGAGAGAAAAGAAAAGAAAAGAGAAAAAAGAAAAAAGAGGAGCAGAAAAGGAAGCAGGAAGAAGAUGAAGAAAACAAACCUAAGGAGAAUUCAGAACUACCAGAGGAUGAAGAUGAAGAGGAAAAUGAUGAAGAUGUGGAGCAAGAAGUUCCCAUAGAACCUCCUAGUGCAACCACCACCACCACAAUUGGAAUCUCUGCAACAUCUGCAACAUUCACAAACGCGUUUGGGAAAAAAAGGGCUAAUGUGGUGACAACCCCCAGCACCAAUAGGAAAAAUAAGAAGAACAAAACAAAAGAAACCCCUCCCACUGCACCUUUAAUAUUACCAGAACAACAUAUAUCCUUAACACAGCAAAAGGCAGACAAAAAUAAAAUAAAUGGAGAACCCAGAGGUGGUGGUGCAGGAGGGAACAGUGAUUCAGAUAACUUGGACAGCACAGAUUGCAACAGUGAGAGUAGCAGUGGUGGUAAAAGCCAAGAAUUAAACUUCAGUAUGGAUGUGAAUUCCUCUGGUGAUAGGAGAUACCCCUCACUGCUACUCCAUUCCCAAGAAGAAAAAAUAAGUACUGCCACUUCUAAAACUCAAACACGACCUGAAGGUGAAGUGAAUUCUAGUUCCUUAACAACAAGCUAUAAGUCAGUGUCAUUGCCAUUAAACUCUCCAAACAUAAAGCUGAAUCUGACUAGCCCUAAAAGGGGGCAAAAAAGAGAAGAAGGGUGGAAAGAAGUUGUACGAAGGUCAAAGAAAUUAUCUGUUCCAGCUUCAGUGGUUUCCAGGAUAAUGGGAAGAGGAGGGUGCAACAUCACUGCAAUACAAGAUGUUACUGGUGCCCAUAUUGAUGUGGAUAAGCAAAAAGAUAAGAAUGGCGAGAGAAUGAUCACAAUAAGGGGUGGUACAGAAUCAACAAGAUAUGCAGUUCAACUUAUCAAUGCACUUAUUCAAGAUCCUGCUAAGGAACUGGAAGACUUGAUUCCUAAAAAUCAUAUCAGAACACCUACCAGCACCAAGUCCAUCCAUGCAAACUUCUCGUCUGGAGUAGGCACCACAGCAGCUUCCAGUAAAAAUGCAUUUCCCUUAGGUGCUCCAACUCUUGUAACUUCACAGGCAACAACAUUAUCUACGUUCCAGGCCACUAAUAAACUUAACAAGAACGUUCCAACAAAUGUACGUUCUUCUUUCCCAGUUUCUCUACCCUUAGCCUAUCCCCAUCCUCAUUUUGCUCUCCUGGCUGCUCAGACUAUGCAACAGAUUCGGCAUCCUCGCUUACCCAUGGCCCAGUUUGGAGGAACCUUUUCACCCUCUCCUAAUACUUGGGGACCAUUCCCAGUGAGACCUGUGAAUCCUGGCAACGCAAAUAGCUCUCCCAAGCAUAAUUCUACAAGCCGUCUACCUAACCAGAAUGGUACUGUUUUACCCUCUGAGUCUGCUGGACUAGCCACUGCCAGUUGUCCUAUCACUGUCCCUUCUGUAGUUGCUGCCAGUCAGCAACUGUGCGUGACUAACACCCGGACUCCUUCCUCAGUCAGAAAGCAGUUGUUUGCCUGUGUGCCUAAGACAAGUCCUCCAGCAACAGUGAUUUCUUCUGUGACAAGCACUUGUAGUUCCCUGCCUUCAGUCUCUUCUGCGCCGAUCACUAGUGGACAAGUUCCCACCACAUUUCUACCUACAAGUGCUCCUCAAGCACAACUUUCUUCACAAAAGAUGGAGUCUUUCUCUGCCAUGCCACCCCCAAAAGAAAAAGUGUCCACACAGGACCAACCCACGGCAAACCUGUGUACGCCAUCUUCAACUGCAAAUAGCUGUAAUAGCUCUGCCAGUAACACGCCAGGAGCUCCAGAAACUCAUCCAUCCAACAGUCCCACUCCUUCUAACAACACACAGGAGGAGGCGCAGUCAUCCAGUGUGUCUGAAUUAAGUCCUAUGUCAAUGCCAUUUGCAUCUAAUUCAGAACCUACUCCAUUGACUUUGGCAUCACCAAGAUUGGUUGCUGCUGAUAAUCAGGAUAACAAUAAUUUACCUCAAUUAGCUGUACCAGCACCUCGAGUUUCUCAUCGAAUGCAGCCCAGAGGUUCUUUUUACUCCGUGGUUCCAAAUGCUACUAUACACCAGGAUCCCCAGUCUAUUUUUGUUACAAAUCCAGUUCCUUUAACACCACCUCAAGGCCCACCAGCUGCAGUGCAGCUUUCUUCAGCCAUGAACAUUAUGAAUGGUUCUCAGAUGCACAUUAACCCAGCAAAUAAAUCGUUGCCGCCGACAUUUGGCCCAGCCACACUUUUCAAUCACUUCAGUAGUCUUUUUGAUAGUAGUCAGGUGCCAGCUAACCAGGGAUGGGGAGAUGCUCCACUAUCCUCACGAGUUGCUGCAGAUGCCUCUUUCACUGUUCAGUCAGCGUUCCUAAAUAACUCUGUACUUGGACACUUGGAAAAUGUGCACCCUGACAACUCUAAGGCACCUGGCUUCAGACCACCUUCCCAGCGAGUUUCUACUAGCCCAGCUGGGUUACCAUCCAUUGACCCAUCAGGCAGCUCCCCAUCUUCCUCUUCUGCUCCUCUGACAAGUUUUUCCGGCAUACCAGGAACACGCGUUUUCCUGCAAGGGCCAGCUCCUGUUGGGACUCCUAGUUUCAACAGACAACAUUUUUCUCCCCAUCCUUGGACAAGCGCCUCAAACUCAUGUGACUCUCCUAUUCCAUCUGUUUCUUCGGGAUCAUCUUCACCUCUUUCAGCCACUUCUGCCCCACCAGCAUUGGGCCAACCAAAAGGAGGCAAUGCCAGUCAGGAUCGAAAGAUACCUCCCCCCAUUGGAACAGAGAGACUAGCCCGGAUUCGGCAAGGAGGGUCUGUCGCACAAGCCCCUGUGGGGACCAGUUUUGUCGCUCCUGUUGGACACAGUGGAAUCUGGUCAUUUGGUGUCAAUGCCAUGUCAGAAGGCUUAUCAGGUUGGUCACAGUCUGUGAUAGGGAACCAUCCAAUGCAUCAACAAUUAUCAGACCCAAGCACAUUCUCCCAGCAUCAGCCAAUGGAAAGAGAUGAUUCUGGAAUGGUAGCCCCCUCUAACAUUUUUCAUCAGCCUAUGGCAAGCAGUUUUGUGGAUUUUUCUAAAGGUCUGCCAAUUUCCAUGUAUGGAGGCACCAUAAUACCCUCACAUCCUCAGCUUGCUGAUGUUCCAGGAGGUCCUCUAUUUAAUGGACUUCAUAACCCAGAUCCUGCUUGGAAUCCCAUGAUAAAAGUUAUUCAAAAUUCAACUGAAUGCACUGAUGCCCAGCAGGCCAGUCUGCUUCCUUCAGUCCCUGCUCUCAAAGGGGAAAUCCCACCACCUCAGCUAACCAGAGUGAAGAAGAGAGUUGGACAGCCAAUCGUGCCCUCUCCUAACCAGAGCCCUAGAUGUCUUCUACCAAGAAGUGUGGCUGGUUGUGACGUCUUCCAGUGGACCCUGCCCUGGGGUGAGGGGCUCUGAUAAUGCUGCAUUUUCUAUUCAUUCUCAAAGAUUUGUCACCAUUUGUCAACAAGCAGGUUCCUUUACCUUCAAACUCCUGUUAGGAAAUGGGUGAGAAAAAGAUGGUUUUAAUUAUCCACAACUUAAGUGUGUUAAGACCACUACCAAAAAAGGGCAGGAGCCUGGGAUUCAAGACCUAAUUUUGAAAACAAAUCAAGAAUCUAAUGAUCCAAUUGCAAACCUGUUUUCUGAUUACUUUUCAACUCCCGUUUUAUCUUGAUGGUAUUGUCCCUUGGUGUAUGAACAGAAGAUUGGUUCCAGGACUCCCUUUGGAUACCAAAAUUUGAGAUGCUUAAGUCCUUUAUGUAAAAUGGCAUCGAAUAAUGCAUACUGUUUAGCCCUGUGGAUUCAAAACCUGGGGAUAUGGAGGGCAGACUGUAUAUUGAAAAAAAUCUGCACAGUUCAAGGGUCAACUGUAAUUUGUCUGGUGGCAGAGACCUGAUAUUUCCUUGUAGGUUUAGGCCAAUCUCUGGGUUUGGGGCAUGGGUAUAGGUGUUUGUUUUUUUAAAGUUCCCAUACUCUAAUAGGUAAUCAGUAUUGAUCCAUAUUGCAUAGAUGAUGAUCUGGCUUUCUCUAAAGCCACUACCUAUUCUCUAGUUCCCUAGCCCUUACAGCACACAGUGUCUGAAGAAAAGUAAGCUACCAGCAGUCUUAUAAUAGUAGUACCUGCUGCUGCUAUUUUGUAGUAUGGAUUAACAGAAGGGAGACCUCAUUUCCACACUAAUCCUUCUUGGAAGCCACUUACACUUCUCUCCUAGUUCUCCUCCUCUGGCUGAUCUUUCUCAGCUUCUUUUGGUGAAUCCUCUUCCUUCACAUGUUGAUGUGCCCAGGCCUCUUUCGUUUAUCUUCUCACCAAAUGAUAUCUUACCCCUUGCUCUAGGAUUUCACUCCACUCAAAUCUGCAUCAUUGGCUCAAAGUUCUCUGAACUUCAGACCAGUGUAUCUAGUUCCUUGCUCUGCUUCUCCAUUCCAUGCACAUCAGACAUCCCCAAUAUAAGAUAAGACCUUUCCCUUGUGUUCUCUGUUAUAUUAAGUGGUAUUACUAGCUACAAAGAUCUCAAGUCAGGAGAUUGGGAGAUUUAUCCUCAUUUAUCUCCCUCCCCCUUACCCUACCCUUAAUCAAUCACCUUAUCAUUCCUCCUCUGUUUAUCUGGAUCCCUUCCACUUCUCUCAAUCCUCACAGUUACUGCCCUUUUGCCUACCCCAUUUCACUAGACUGGAGUCUUCACCUUCAGUCCCACUGUUCUCCAUCCCAUCCCCCUUCCCCCCACCAGACUACUUACUUGCUUAAAAGCUUAGUUGUCAGAAAUGGCUCCUCGUAAUCUGCUCCCACGCUUUACCCUCCAGCACUGCUAAGACACUUUAUUUAAGUAUACACUACUUUGUAAGAGGUUUAAAAACAUCUUUAGAACAUAAAAUAUAUAGAUCCUUGAUCCCUGAAGUGUGAUUCUAAGGACCUGCUGAACCAAGGGUCUGCAUCACCCAGGAUCUUAUUAAAAACCCAGAAUUUCAAGUCCCACCCCAGACCUUUUUCAGAAUUCUCUUUUUUUAAAAAAAUAUAUUGAUUUUAGAGAGAGAGAGGGAGAGAGAGAGAUAGAAACAUCAAUGAUGAGAGAGAAUCAUUGAUUGGCUGUCUCCUG